AUGUCGGCGACGGGGCCCAUCAGUAACUAUUACGUGGACUCGCUCAUCUCGCACGACAAUGAAGACCUCCUAGCGUCCAGGUUUCCGGCCACGGGGGCGCACCCCGCCGCAGCCCGACCCAGCGGCUUGGUGGCCGACUGUAGCGAUUUUCCGUCCUGUAGCUUCGCGCCCAAGCCGGCCGUGUUCAGCACGUCGUGGGCGCCCGUGCCCUCGCAGUCGUCCGUGGUCUACCACCCGUACGGCCCCCAGCCCCACCUCGGCGCCGACACGCGCUACAUGCGGACUUGGCUCGAGCCGCUGUCCGGCGCCGUCUCCUUCCCCAGCUUCCCGGCCGGGGGCCGCCACUACGCGCUCAAGCCGGACGCCUACCCCGGGCGCCGCGCCGACUGCGGCCCGGGGGACGGCCGCAGCUACCCGGACUACAUGUACGGCUCGCCCGGGGAGCUGCGCGACCGCGCCCCGCAGACCCUGCCCUCGCCCGAGGCGGACGCCCUCGCCGGCAGCAAGCACAAAGAGGAGAAGGCCGACCUGGACCCCAGCAACCCGGUGGCCAACUGGAUCCACGCCCGCUCCACGAGGAAGAAGCGCUGCCCUUACACCAAGUAUCAGACGCUGGAACUGGAGAAGGAGUUUCUCUUCAAUAUGUAUUUAACCAGGGACCGUCGGUACGAGGUGGCCCGGGUCCUCAACCUGACCGAGCGGCAGGUCAAAAUCUGGUUUCAGAACCGGAGGAUGAAGAUGAAAAAGAUGAAUAAAGAGAAAACCGACAAGGAACAAUCCUAAACCCUGCCCCGCCCCCUGCUCCGGCCCAGCCAAGGAAAAAACAAAACAAAACCGAAAACCCCACAAAACACUUCAACCCAAGCGGGGAUGAGCACGAAAAGGAGAAGGAAAGAGCAAGCUAGAGAAAAGCGAAUCCGCUUAAAAAGGAAAAGAAAAGAAAAAAAGGAGAAGGGGAACAGGCCAACCCUUUGCGGUUUGGGUUUGGGAGGGUUCCGCACGGAGGCAUUGGUGUUGUAGUUAGUUCCUUCCAGCCAGGAGGAAGGAGGCAGGGAGAGAACAAACCGCACUCUCUUCCCCCAGCGCAGCCGAAAUACAUGACACUCAUAAAUGUGACUCCCCCCCUCCUGUCUUCAGAGAAGCCAGUACUUGAAUCGCCAUAUUUCUUUCUUUCUUUCCCCCCCCCUCUGUAUCAUAUUUGGUCCGGGUCACCCUUCCCCGGGCCUGGGACGCUCUGUGUGCAGAUUUUGUACAAGAAAAACAAACACACAUACACACACACACAUACACAACAGUGCUUCCCAACCCAGGAACUUGGGGACGAGG